AUGGGUAUGGUGUGGCAGCGCCCGAGGGGAGGCUUGGACACGCGGCAGGAUAAGUCAGGUGCCGCGGCGGACGGAGGGAGACCCCGACGCGCCACUAGAUACCGAUCCGUCGCUGCCGAGCCUUGCGAAGGGAAACAGUCUAUCGAGUUCAGGAUGUCUGCCCUCAGUUACAUCCGCAGACGAGUGCUUGGGAAGUCUUGGCCGUUUCUUAAGCGUGUGAUCCUCCCAACCGUCGUGCUCCUCUUCGUCGUGAACGCGCUCAUCGGGAAUCGGGAAUCAGUCAAGCCGGAAUAUUCCAACCUCAUCGUUCCUGGCGAAGCGCUCGACCCGAUCCUGGAGAACGACGUAGGAAUGAAGACCCACAAACACCACGAAGCCCAAGCCCAUGCCCCCCACCCAUCCAAACCAUCAAAAACCCAGGAACAACCCAAUCUUGCUGCACCAAAGCCAGCUCCUCCUGUAAGCCAGAGUAGCAACAUCGAUAGCAACAGCAAAAGCAACAGCAAAAGCAACAGCAAAAGCGACAAUAACAGCAAGGCCAAGCAGGACAAAGAGAAGAAGGAACGGCAAGAUAGUGACGAUGUUCGGAACUCGGCUUGGUCUUUGGCUAAGGCUAAUAUUACAGACAGUCAUAAGGUUCGGUUUAAGGGUCAUGCCAUCACCGAAGACACAGUGACUCUCACCCUUAUGUCAAGUGCUGACAAGGUCUUCAUGUCUCUUAACAAGCGCGAGAUCUACAGGAACCUCCAGGACCGAGGGAUCCACGUGGUCGUCCUGAACCAGCACUCGGGCCACGUGACAGCCAAACGCGUUUUCGACACGUUCAACCCGGGCGUCGAGGAGGAGAUGGUGGAGUUCAUUGACGAUGUGCAAGACGGGAGGAUCAUCAUCUUUGCCGUCCUGGACGAGGCGAGCAAGGGCCUGACCUGGCGCGGCCGCAACAAGCUCCGCGAACUGGGCUCCCGCUGGUCGGAGAAGCUCGCCUACCGGGACAUGUGGGCGCUGGUCACUCGCAAGGGCGGCCUCAAGCUCGCCGAGACCUACUCCAACGUGGCCACGGCGGACACCGGCUACGAGUGGGGCGGCCCGGUGUUCCUCAGGACGGACUUCGACCUCGAGGAGAAGGAGCACGCGUGCUCGUGGGCGGCCAGCGAGCGCAACGAGGCGCGCCGAGUCUUCUGCCGCUCCAACGACGGCUACGGAGCGAUGUGCGACUGUGACGUCACUUCCUGGAAAGACGUUUUCUUCCACGCAGAUGACCAGCUACACAAGAAUCUGGCGUCGCAACAACUUUACAAAGACUUAGGAAUCGCUAUCAUGGCCACAGAUCGACCUCACUAUCUUUACAGGACCCUCAAAUCCCUGUGGGAGGCGCCGGGCCUGAAUCGGGACAAGGUGGCGGUGUACGUGGACACUCACCACCAGGGGGUCAUGGACGUGGCCAAGCUCUUCGGCGUCCAUCUGGUGGUGGCGCAGCAGCCCGGGAACUCGUCCGCCAUUCGCAUCCGCCAUAAGUUCCAGAGGAUUCUUGGGGACCUGUUCAUGGCCAAGUUCCCCGAGGGCACCGUCCCCCCGGAAGGAUCUCCGAAGGAUGCUGUCCCCCCCUUUGCCUGUACGAGCAUCUUGCUCCUGGAGGAUGACAUCGAAGUCUCUGUUGAUAUCUUCAAAUUCCUCCACGACGCCAGCCCCAUCAUGGCGCGAGACCCAACCGUCAUGGCAAUCAGCAGCUUCAACUUCUUCGGCUACCGGGACGUGGCCAACAACCUGACCCAGCUCUACAGGACGGACCAGGUCAACAACAUGGCCCUCUAUAUGACGUCGAGGGUUGUCCAUGAGGUGAUCGCUCCAAAAUGGCUGCCGACGGAUAGCACCCGCGAGUGGUACCGCACUUUAAUCGACGCCAUAAAGGAGAAACCCGGGCGGGCCAUCGUGUACCCGGAAGUGCCCCGCGCCCGCCACCGAGCCUACAGCGGCAUCACGAUCAACGGUGGCGUCCAGUACAACCUCUUCCGCGACCACGUGCUGGCGCUCACCACCGACUACCAGUUCCAGAAGGAGGAGCUCGAGAGGUUAGAAUUAUCCCAAUAUGAGGCGUGGCUCCUGAAUACACUGAAAGCAUCUGACCCUAUUGCAUUCGAUUUCUGCAAGCACGAUUUCAUGUAUGACCAUAAUCCAGUCGUUUUGUUCGUUAACUACAACAGCAGCAGAGAAGGAGAAGCCGACUGGCAGUACGUUAUGAAGUGCCUCAAGACCUGGGACAUCUAUGCAGAAGCCGGGUGGAAGGACGUGUGGCAAUUCCACUUCCAUGGCCACUUGCUUAGUGUUGUGGCUUAUCCCACUUCUCCAUUUAGCUACUUAAAACCAGCCUCAUACAAAUUCAUCACUGCACCUCCCACCACGACCACCACUGCACCCUCCUCAGAUGCAUCGUCGAACUCAGCUUCAUCACCAACACCUCCAGCUAGUUAGGGUUUUCCCUUUCCAUGCUGAUAUAUUAUUUGUAAA